AACGCAAGAACGUCACUAGGGUUUAUGACCGUUGUCCUCAACCCUCUGCAACAAGCACCGCCAUUUCCGCAGUGACACCGCGCUGCCGCGUCGCCGGAGAUGGCCCUGCAACCUUUCGGCCGGACGAGGAGCGUCUCCAAGCGGUCGAAGACGUACUUGGAGGAAGCCCUCUACCGGCGGCUGUUCAGGGAUGGCAGCUCCGAGAUGAGCGUCCGCCAGCAGCUCAACCGGUUCCUCAAGAGCUCCAAGAGGGUCUACAAGUGGGAGGUCGGCGACACUCUCAAGAAGCUCCGAGGUCGCCGCCUGUAUUACCCGGCUUUCAAGCUAUCAGAGGCUAUGGCUGAAAGAGGCAUGAACAAAACUGUGAGUGAUCAAGCCAUACAUCUCGAUUUGGUGGCCAAAGCUAAAGGAAUUACAGCAGCAGAGAACUACUUCAUAAAUCUCCCUGAAGCAUCAAAGAACCAUCUUUCUUAUGGCGCCCUUUUGAAUUGCUAUUGUAAGGAACUCAUGGCUGAAGAAGCUGAAGGUUUACUUGAAAAGAUGAAGGAACUCAACUUAGAGUUGAGCUCUAUGCCUUACAACAGCAUUAUGACUCUUUAUACUAAGACAGGUCAGCCGGAAAAGGUCCCUGCCAUUAUACAGGAAAUGAAGUCCAGCCAAAUUAUGCUAGAUUCUUUUUCUUACAAUAUAUGGAUGAGGGCUCUUGCUUCUACGAGCGACAUUUUGGGGGUUGAAAGGGUUGUUGAGGAGAUGAAGCGGGAUGGUCGAGUUGCUCCAAAUUGGACAACAUAUAGCAACAUAGCCUCGAUAUAUGUGGAUGCAGGCUCGUUUGAGAAGGCUGAGAAGGCUCUUAAGGAAUUGGAGAAGAUAAAUGCACAUAAAAAUCUUUCAGCCUAUCAGAUCCUAAUAACCUUGUAUGGGAGAACGGGUAACCUGCUUGAAGUUUAUCGAAUAUGGCGUUCUUUGAGGCUGGCUUUUCCUAAAACUGCAAACAUUAGCUAUCUGAAUAUGAUCCAAGUAUUGGUCAAGUUGAAGGAUUUACCAGGUGCUGAGAAGUGUUUCAAAGAGUGGGAAUCUAAUUGCACUACUUAUGAUAUCCGCAUUGUGAAUGUGUUGAUUGGUGCAUAUGCUAAAGAAGGUUCACUGGAGAAGGCUAAAGAUCUCAAGGAGAGGGCCCGUAGGAGAGGGGCCAAGCCUAAUGCUAAAACAUGGGAGGUAUUUUUGGAGUAUUAUUUGCAAAAUGAGGACAUAAAAUCAGCUGCGGAAUGUGUUGACAAUGCGGUAUCCACAGGCCGAGGAGAUGGCAGAAAGUGGGUCCCGUCACCUGAAACUGUCAGGACUAUGAUGAGGCAUUUUGAGCAGCAGAAGGAUGUCGAUGGCGCUGAAGGUUUUCUGAAAAUUUUGAAGAAGACAGAAGAUCAAUUAGAAGCUGCAGUGUUUGAAUCACUGAUUAGAACUUAUGUAGCUGCCGGAAGGAAAGAACCCACAAUGCGCCGACGGUUAAAGAUGGAAAAUGUGGAAUUGAGUGAGGUGGGCACCAAGCUGCUGGAUAAGAUAUGUGAUGAGUGAUUCAGAUAUUGUUGAUGCAUCUGGAUGGUCUUCACCUCUUUCUUUUUGUUGUGACAAAUAAUUGUUCCCUUUGAGUCGACUAUAGGAAAAUCCACCGAACAAAACUGUGCUAAUAUUCUGCUUCAAACCAUUUCCAAGAAAACUUAUGAAGCCUACAAUCAGAUGGGCUGUUUUGAUUUAUCCCAAUGUUUAGAUCAUAUGGGAGACGGAGCAUUGUUUGUCUCUGGAUUUUGGAGCAUGCUUGAAGUUGCCAAAAUGUUUCUUUUUUCUGAUGGGAGUUUUUAAUGCAUGAACUCUCGACUUAUCGUGUACAGUCAAUUCAGGUAUGUUAGCUUUGCCUCAAUUAUGGUCACAUUUACAUUAAUAAUACUUUUCGCCUUUUGUUUUUUA